AUGAAGGAAGCCACUGAAAAUGUCUCUUUGGACGACGCCAGCUGGAGCCAGGUGACACGCAAGGGCUCGACAACCCAGGAUACUAUUUUUUCCUCUGAAGAAGAUAGCAGUCUGUAUUUCACAUACAGCGGAAAAUCAAACGUUCUCGAGGUCAAAGAUCUCAACUACCAGGUUAACUCAGCAUCCCAGAUUCCCUGGUAUGAAAACCUCGCGCAGAUGAAAAUGCCCUGGACCUGGAAAUCAGAUCCCCAUUCUCGUGUGUCAAUAAUCCAGAAUCUGAAUUUAAAAGUUCGAAGUGGGCAGAUGCUAGCGAUUAUAGGGAGCACUGGUGGUGGAAAGACAUCCUUGCUGGAUGUGAUAACCUGCCGGGAUCAUGGAGGCAAAAUCAAGUCUGGUCAAGUCAUGAUCAACAACAAGCCCAGCACUCCUCAGCUUGUUAGGAAAUGCAUAGCACACGUGCGGCAGGAUGACCGACUGCUCCCCCACCUGACUGUCAGAGAAACACUAUUGUUCGUCGCCAAACUGCGCCUUCCAAAGUUUUUUUCAGACUCACAAAGGAAAAAAAGGGUAGAAGAUGUUAUAGCUGAACUACGCUUGCGUCAGUGUGCAAACACCAGGGUGGGGAACGAGUACCUCCGCGGAGUGUCGGGAGGUGAGCGGAGGAGAGUGAGCAUCGGUGUGCAGCUGCUCUGGAACCCAGGAAUACUCAUCCUUGAUGAACCCACAUCUGGACUGGACAGUUUUACUGCACAUAACCUUGUGAUAACAUUAUCCAGACUGGCCAAAGGAAACAGAUUAGUGCUUCUUUCACUUCAUCAGCCCCGGUCAGAUAUCUUCCAACUGUUUGAUUUAGUUCUUCUGAUGAGUUCUGGACUCACUGCCUACUGUGGAACAGCUAGAGACAUGGUCCAGUAUUUCACAGAACUAGGCUAUCCCUGCCCAAGGUACAGCAAUCCUGCGGAUUUUUAUGUUGAUUUGACCAGUAUUGACAAACAGACAACAGAAAAGGAGAUGGAAAGCCGAAAAAGAGCAAAUACUCUUGCCAACUUGUUCCUAGAAAAAGUCAAACAUUUUGAUGAUUUCUUAUGGAAAGCUACUGAAGAAGACAAUGUUGCAACAACAGUCAGCAAGCAGAGGUCCCAUGUGAAUUCAGAAGAGGCUAUCAACAUGCCCCACCAUUCAAGUGAUCAGUUACCAGGACCCUUAAAGCAGUUCACUAUAUUAUUGAGUCGUCAAAUCUCCAAUGACUUCAGAGAUCUUUCAACGUUAUUAAUCCAUGGAUUUGAGGCCCUUCUUAUGUCAUUAUUAAUUGGAUUUUUGUACUAUGGCCACGAAAAAAAUGGACUCUCUAUUCGUGACACAACAGCACUGCUGUACAUGAUAGGUGCCCUAGUCCCAUUCACAAUAAUUCUGGAUGUUAUUGCCAAAUGUCAUUCAGAAAGAGCAAUGCUUUAUCAUGAUUUGGAAGGCGGAAUGUACACUGUUAGCCCAUACUUCUUUGCUAAGAUUUUGGGUGAACUCCCAGAACACUGUGUUUUUGUUAUAAUUUAUGGCAUUCCCAUCUACUGGCUGGCAAACCUCAUUCCUGAAGCAGAACAUUUCCCGCUGAACUUCCUCUGGCUGGCUGUGUACAGUGCCCGUGCCAUGGCACUUUGGGUGGCAGCACUGCUGCCAACGUUGCAGCUCUCAGCCUUCUUUGGCAAUGUCCUUUUCACAUCAUUCUACCUGAGCGGUGGUUUCGUGAUAAGCCUGGAUAGCCUCUGGACAGUUCCGUUUUGGGUUUCUAAAAUAUCUUUUAUCAGAUGGAAUUUUCAAAGCAUGAUGCAAGUUCAAUUCACUGACAUCACAUAUGAAAUGACUGUUGGAAAUACUACAUUUCAAAUACCAGGGAAACUCAUCACUAAAGCUCUGAACCUGGACUCCCACCCUCUCUACGUGAGCUACCUCGUCCUCACUGGCAUCAUUUGCAGCUUUCUGCUUUUAUACUACUUGUCUUUGCGCUUCAUCAAGCAGAAAUCGACGCAGGACUGGUAG